AAAUGUGAAAAAUGAGUAGCCACGGUAUUAUGGAACGUUUUUAGUGGUGAAAAUGUGAGACCACUCAUAUGAACAGGCUCGACACAAAAUUUUUAAGCGAAAUGGUGAAGCAUAUAAGAGAAGAUAGAAAAAUAAACGCCGUGAACGCCAUCUUCCACCAAUCAGACCGAGUAACCACACCAUGAACUCGGAGUAGAGAUAAGAUAAACAAUAUUACAUAUUUACGGUUUAGAAGAUAUGCCGUCAGAUAGCAAAUAAUUGAGUUAGGUUAUGUGAUGUCGGAUGUAGUAAAGUAUAUAACCAUGUGAAAUGGCAGGGCUGGCACACGUUUAUUGUACUUUGUUAUUAACAUUAAUGUUUUCUACGGGAUUUGGAGCAGAUUAUGUUUAUGAAAUUGACUGCAGCAAGUUACGGAUGGGACAGUACGUUUGCCCACAUCCUGAUUACGAUUUCAUUGAUCCCAAAACUCAACAAAUCAAGGGGUGCACGAAAGAAAACAAAGCUAAAGUAUUGUGUCAGACAGCAGAUGGGUUAAUUUGUACUGAAACUAAAAACAAUACCUUUAAAAAGGAAGUUCCCUGCAAAUGGACUAAUGGAUAUUCCUUUGAGACGUCUUUACUCCUCUCGAUAUUUCUUGGAAUGUUCGGAGCUGACAGGUUUUAUCUUGGAUACCCUGCACUUGGCUUACUAAAGCUCAGCACGUUAGGAUUUUUAUUUCUAGGGCAAUUGUGCGAUGUAAUAUUAAUAGCAACGCAAAUUGUUGGGCCCGCAGAUGGGUCGCACUAUGUUAUACCCUUUUACAGUGGAGGUAUCAGCAUUAUCAAAAGUGAUAACUUCACCUAUAGAGUACCACAGCCCGAUUGGUGAAACUUCAUAACAACCCUGUUUUCUUAUAAUAAUUAUGUUUAAAUUGUAUAAUAUAUGUACAAAUGAAGAGUGGAAAACAAGUGUUCUCUUUAUGGUCAUCUGAUUGGUGACGUAUUACGAUAUUUAAAAUAUGAAUCUAUUUCUUGUGCCUACGUGUGAAUGUUUUAUUACUGAAAGCAAUUGUUAAAAUAAUAAAUAUUAAGAAACGUU